AUGGCCACCCCCCAGCUGUUGUCGAGGAAAACAAAUGGUGUAGUGGGCGGUCAAUCCUCCAGCGAUGCACCGAAAGCCCCGAGAACGAAAGCGCCAGCGCAGGGUGAGAAGGUGGUGGUCAGGCGCUUGCCGCCGGCAAUGACCGAGGAGGAAUUCAUCACUAUUUUGGGAGAGGAAUGGAAAGUUGGGCGAGGCAAGGUCGAUUGGUUCUCGUACUGGCCCGGGAAAGUAUCGCAACAUCCGUCAAAACCAUCCCAGCCGUCGCGAGCAUAUAUCCACGUCACCAGGAGAGACGAACUGGUAGCCCUGCUCCAGCACGUGCAGUCGGCAACAUGGGAGGACGCGAAGGAGACCUACAACGACCCUGCCCUGGUGUCACCGCCCACCGUCGAGUUCGCCACAUACAAGAAGACGCCCGGAGAGAAGAAGCGUGUCGACGGGCGGCAAGGCACCAUAGAUCAAGACCCCGAGUUUAUGGCAUUCCUCGAGGCGCUAGCGAACCCAGAUGCGCAGAAAGAGGCCCAGGAAGGCGAUCAGGGCGUGGAAGAACUUGGUAAGACGGAGAAGACUACGACAACGCCAUUGGUAGAAUAUCUUAAGGAAAAGAAGGCAGCCAGGGCUAAGGAGGUGGCAGCGGCGAAGAGCGCAAAGCAUGCGCGUCAAGACUCGCAAGGGACAAAGGGUAAAGCCAUUGCUACACCUACUGAGGAGCCCAAGAAGAGAUCUCGAGAUGGCAGGGCCGAGAAGGACAAGGCAACGGAAAAGGCGGCCGAGAGACCUAGAGAAUCGGUCAAAAUACUCACUAAGAAAGCCGCCGCCGCCGCAGAAGCUGCCGAGGCUGCAAAAGCUGUCGCCGCCCAGAUGAAACCGACCCCUUCCUCAGGCUCGCAGUCCGGUGGCCAGGAGCCGCCGCCUAAGAGCCGCCGGGCGGGAAUAGCGGCUGCGGCGCGGAUUUUGCAACGCGAUCUUGGCCUUAGCCCGGGCAACGCGCAUCGCAAAGCCCGGCAAGAAGCCGCCAAGGCAGAGUCGGACACCAAGGCCCCGACCGCAAAAGAGAAUACAAAACCGGGCCCACCGGCCGGCCCCGAGCCCGCGCCGCCUCCUACUCCAACUGAGCCCCCGGCAUCGCCUGCUCUGUCGAAAACGCAGCCGUCCGCUUCGAACAGGUCCCGGAAUAGAAAACGCGGGGUUGGUGACGACGGCACGAAGGGUAAAGGGGAAAACGGUGGCGGGAAAGCCGCGGAAACCUCAGCAACCUCGGCCCUAACACCAGCAAAGACGCCUAUCACGGUAUUGAAAAAGAGGGAUACCCAGCAAGCUUCAUCACCACAACCCGCACCCACCCCUCCCCCGGCGGGGCCCUCCAAGACAACCCCGUCAACUCAAGCAGCGACAGCAGCCCCUCCCUCGGGGCCCAAGUCUGCAUCACAAAAGCAAAUCGGGGCUUCUAAAAAGGCAAACGCCCUGGCUACGCCGUCCUCGGGCGCUACUCGCGCUUUUAUCAAGCAUGCCAAUCAUUCUCAAGGAGUUACCGAUGCCUCUUCUCAGGGAGAGCCUCCAGCGGACUCAUCAAGGCCAUGGCUGCUAGCUCAGUGUCGGUUGCGCAAGCCACGGUACAAGUUCUCGAGCGGAAGGAGAUGGGCAAGAAUGGGGACAGGUUCGGGUUCAGCAUCAGGCCCAGCCCAAGGGAAGAACCCACCUGCAUCGGCCGCCGCGCCGCACCCUGCCCCGUCUGCGGCGAAGACGCAGGCCACUCCAGCCGCGGAGCCGAAUUCGGCGCCCUCGACCCCGGUUUCCACUAGGCCGGCAACGGAGAAGGCGGGCGGGGAGCAGAGCAAGCGAGGAGGGAGGAGGCGCGGCGGGAGGGGGAGGGGCGACAAGGACGCUAAGGAGUCGCCCAAGGACGGCGGCGCGAAGAAGGGUGACGGUGGGGGUGGCUCUACGGCGCCGCCGGCGACCAGUUGA